AUGCAUAUAAUAUCCCCGACUGCGGUUGUCGUAGGAGCCCUCAUCACCCUGGUCACAGGUGAUCCCCAGGGAUUUGAGGUCCUCAAAUUGCGCGUUUCUGAGGGUGCCGUGCCGCUGACUCUCGAUGGCCAGGCUCUACUGCUCGAAGCAUCAUCCGGUACGAGUAGGAGCUUCGUUUUCUAUGGUCCACAAUAUGAGAGGAUGUAUGGUAGAGGUAGCUGUGACACGCAAUAUUAUGGAUGCUACUUCUGCCCUGGGGAUAAUCCUUGUGGUGACAUAUUAGAUCGAGAGCAAUGGGAGGUGCAUUUCGAUGACGGAACCUAUCACUAUGUUGAACACAACGUCACCCUUGAGAUUGGCAAGUCCAAACUUUCGAACUUCACGUUCGGCUUGGUCAUUUACUUCCCAACUCCCUAUGUGAGAGCUCCUAUGGCAACAUUGGGUCUAUCAUUCGGUCGUCCCCGCAUUCCUGAGACGUUCCUAGAUCAACUGAAGAGGCGAGGUGCUAUAACAACCCUUUUAUACUCUGUUCACAUGAAUGAGGGAGGGCCUGGUAUAUCUGGCAAUCUCAUACUUGGUGGUCCAUCUAAGACGCUGAGCAGCUCGCCGUUCGUUGCUUUCAGUAAGAAUGUGCUCGUUGAGGGAUUAAAGAUAGCAGUCCCUGUGAGGACUUGCAAAGUCGUAGACUUUCGGGGGAAGAAACUCACCAACUCGCGCAAGAGCAAGUGGGCCGAGCCAGGUAUUCUGGAUACGGGAAAUACAGCGAUGUUGAUUGAAGAGGAUAAGUUCGAGGACAUCAUUGAUGUUACAUGGAAUAGGAUGAAGAAGUCAAAAGCCCAUUCCCCUAUAGGAGAGAAGAAGCUGCUCCUCUGUAAGAGCGUCCCAUGGGAUGGAAUGGCGGUGUACCCACGGAUUAGGAGGGAGGCUCUUCCUUAUCUACCUAUUCUGGCAUUCCAAAUUGGGGAGGUACCUCAUCUCAUUGACAUUCACAUCGAGCCCAAACACUAUGUGAACUCCUGUGAAGGUACUUGCUGCAAUUUGGAUAUCUCUACUGUUAAUGAGUUCUUUCACCCACUCGUGUUGGGACAUCCUUUGUUCCGUGCCUACGAUGUGGAGUUCGAUCUCACGAAUGAGCGAGUAUACUUCUCUCAAGGUUGGAGGAAUUCAACGUCGUCGUUGACUCCUGGGGGAUUAUUCAACACCAAGGAGGUGCUGCAAAAACUGCAAACUGAAAACGACUUUCUGCGAGAGAGUCGAAUUUAA